UGCCUGAGGGCGGUUGGUGGCGCAUGCGCGGCGGGGCGCGGAGCUGCGCGUGCCCUCUACGCCGUCGGAGCGGGAGCGAUGGGGCUGGGGCAGAACUCCGCCGUGCGGGUUGAAUGGAUUGCUGCAGUCUCCGUAGCUGCUGGAGCAGCUGCUGUUGGGUAUCUCGCUUACAAAAAAUUUCUCUCUAAAGACAAAUGCUGCAAAGCAAUGGUGAAUCCCCAUAUCCAGAAGGAUAACCCCAAGGUAGUCCAUGCAUUUGAUAUGGAAGAUCUGGGAGACAAGGCUGUGUACUGUCGUUGUUGGAGAUCUAAGAAGUUCCCGCUGUGUGAUGGCUCUCACACAAAGCACAACGAGGAAACUGGUGACAACGUUGGGCCUCUGAUCAUCAAGAGGAAGGAGGCAUAGAGUGGACAGUAGAAGCUACAAAAUGAAUGUCUGACAAAUCCUCUGCUCACUUGUAAUUGGGGGAAAAACCACAAAUUCUUUGUCGCAUCACUGAAGACUUUCCAAUGUAGUAUAUACAUCAGGCUUCAGCAGGUGUAUUUUCUCUGGUGCUUGUCUUGUUUUAAUCACUACAACGCAUAAUUUACUAAAUAGUCGUGGUUUAAAUUUUUUGUCCUGUAAAGUGUGUGUACCCUCUCACUGAGUAUGAAACUAAAAUGACGCACAGAAUGUACUUCAUCAGAAAAUAGGUAUUAAAUUAUUUUCAAAUACAUGUGUACUACUCUGAGGCUAUUCAGUAGAAAGUGUGUUCAAAAUGUAGAUCUUAAAAUUCUGGAGAGAUUCUAAAGUUGCAGGUCUGGAUAGAUUUCUAUGUAAAAGGCAGUAGCAGGAAAGAAAUCGUGCCAAAAUGCAGCUUAACCUCUGAUUACGCUGCAUGUUCUGCAGGUGUCAACGUUUGGCCUGUUACACUACUGUUCUGUGUGGCUUUUGUAAAAAAACAAAUUUAAAAUAGUGAACUAUGAGCAGACAACAUAAAAGGCUUAUAGCAAGACAGGGCUAAAGGGCAACUUUACCUUUGAUUUUACAGCAGUGUUGAAAUUUGACCCUACUACCAUAUGGUAUCAAGAACAUACUACCGGAACUGCAGACCUGUAUUUAGAGUAGGAUUAGGAAGAUGGUCUCUGUGAGAGCUUUCUUAAUAGACAAGUGGAAUGAUAUGAAGAGCUCGGAGUGAUGGGCAGGGGGUGGCAGGGUUGUCUUUGCUGCUAGAAAGCCUUAGUUUCACUUGCAAUCUCUAGCAGUGAAGCUAACUUCCCCAGACCACAGGACACUUCUGUGGGGGAGGCUAUGCUGAUUUAUUCCAGAAGCUAAAAUAAAAACUAAAACCCCACCCAUCAUUACUGUUUGCUUCAUCAUUGCUCUGGCUGGUUCAGGAGGACUCUUCCUGCUGUGGAGGGAGGAGGCACACCUUUCUUACUAAGUGGCCUUAGGCUCUAUAUGUCUUAAAUAACUCUGGCCUCCCUGGGCUAACUGUUGACAUGGUUCAGCUAAUUUUACCAAAAGAACUGACAUGGACAAGGAAAGGCUCUGGCCGCAGCUAGAAACAAGGGGGAAAGGAAGGAUGAGACAAGGAGAGCUCUUACCCUCCUUUUGUACGGCACUUGUCUGCCUUGCCUGACACGGUUGCAUUAAUGGCUAGCAUGUUGGUUUCCGUAAAUUAAGUAGCUUUGAUUUAUUAACAUGCAAAUGACUACAAAACAAAACCCAAAGAGUGGGGUGGCAGAGGGCAGUUUUGUAUUAAGCCCGGUCCAUUAGCGUAAUUGCAGCCUGUGUAAGAUUGAGCUCUCAAUGUCUGGGACAGAGAGACUACCUCAGAGCUAGAGGAAAGGUCUUUUCAAGAAGCUGACAUUUUAACCUAGACCCUUAGAGAUUAUUCCAGGUGAUCAGGGCAGUAGAGGUUUUAUUUAAUUUUUUUUAAGGGUGUGGUUGGUAUGACUGGUGAAAAUUGAAGAAAAUGUUUUGCAUAUUCUUGAUGUGAGACUUUCAGAGGCUGAGGUCUUAGCUGACUGGUCUGAACUUUGGCAGAAGGCACAAGAAGUAGAGAAGGUGGCACAGAGUCAGAGAAAGAGGGUUUGCAGGUGGAGUGCUAUAGUGGGGGCAACUGCUGCCUGUGAGAGACCCCUGCUUGUAAGAAGUUGCAGUCAAAUACAUUUAGUUUCUAUCUUUUCUUCCUGUCUUGACUGUAAAGGUACUUGAUGUUUUUUACUUGGCCAAGUACUGAUGCAUAUGGAAAGUUGUUUUAACCUUAAAUUAUCAAAUACAUUGCUUUUAUUCAAAACAAAGUUAUUUCUGUAUUAUUAGAACAUGACACUGGAUAUUUCUGUAUUUUUGUCAAAUACACAUUUGAGCUCAUCUUAAUCUCGGGGUUGUAAUGUCUGUGUUAUCUCAUGGGUGUGCCAUUUCUUUCAAAGGAGAGUUACACUGUGAGUAGUGCUGUAUGCCAACGCUGCUGUAACCAUAAACCUGUGUCUGGGUUGGGUUUUCCUUCUGAGACUUAUUUUCCUGUUAGCAGCAAAGCCUGGCUGCUCUUGAAGGAAUAAAAGUUCACUGAAAACUGCA